AUGAACAGCAGCACAACCAUCACUCCUCACACUUGCUCCUUUUCUGAAUCAAUCCCCAGCGAACUGUCAAUCACUGUGGUCCCAGCAGAAAAAUGGUUCAUAAAGGAUCUUCUCAAACAGUUAGGUAAAUUCAGCCAAGGAUCACCGAACCUGAAUCUAAUGCUGGCCAGCAAUGAAUCGAGUGAAGAGACAGUGGACUUAUGUGCCAAUCUGAAUGAUCAAAAUAAUCGGGACGGCCUUUCACGUGAACCGACAUUCAGUGACGUAAAGUAG